UUCCUCCCUUUCUCCCCAUUGUCGCAGCAUUUUUCAACAAGAUUACCCACUUGCAUUAGGCUCUCGAUCCCGAACAGUUCGGUCGUCCGCGAAUUUCGUGCUCUAUCUGCUGCUGACGCCGCAAUCUUUUCCGUCGUCGCAGUCCAUUUGUCGGAUCGAAGGUGCAAGGAAAUUCGUUUCCCAUUACGACACCAGUGUAAUAUCUAGCAGUGUGUAGAUGUUCUGCUGAAGCUGAAGGUUGUGCAUUAUGAGCUUGGAAUAUCAAAACUUGCUAAAAACGAAUCUCAUGUGAUGUAAAGCUAAUAACAUAAAAUGGAAUCUCUAAAAGCUGGUGAAUAAAUUACCGAAUAGAAGGAUUGGCACAACGAAUAGAAAGAAAAGUGAUUGUGUUCAACCUGGUAGUGUAAAUCAAUGAUUUUGCGUAAUCCCCAGCAUCAGUCGCACCAUAAGCGCUAGAGGGUGUCUCGUGACACCCGAGUUAUCUGUCAGAGGAAAAAAGGGGGGAUGAAAAUUGCGACACCAACAUAAUCUGCAUUGUGGCUUUGGGAAAUUACUUCCUGUUUUCUACCGGAAAAAUCUGUACAAUCAGUACUAGGAUCACCCAAGACGACAACACAUCUGCCUGCCCGGAAGAUGUCCAACCGCGGCAGGUAGAGUUAAGGUUAAACCAACAACAACGGAACUGUGUGGCAGAAUCGUCCCACACACCGCCAAUAGCCGGCAUCCAUAAAUGGCCCCAUGGCAUCGUGUAGCCGAGCGCACGCUAUCAAGGCGGCGUUGGUGCUUGGAUUCCUGCUGAUAAUACUCAAUCUGCUCGCGUCCCGGUUUGACUCCUCGCCGAUAGGACUGCCUCGUAUGGGUGCAACCCAAUGGCCGAAACGCACAAGGACCAGUUCCGAGCGCUUAGCUCAACUGCAGCACACACAACACCAGAAACCGAACAACGAUAGCAGUCAUGUGGCCCAGAACAGUACCAGUGGUCACCGGGCUCUACCAGUUACAAUCAGCCGAAAUAGUCCAAAAUUGGAAGCAACCAACUCGAGCACAAAUCUCAACCUCAACGAAACGAAAUCUCAACAACAAUUCAACGAAUCUCCACGGACGAAUGGGACGAGCUUAACUGCCGGGACAAUGCUACACAGUACAGGGUCCAACUUACCACCUAUCGCGGUCUCGAGUAACGGCGACAACAAUAGCAGAAUCAGCACUAAUUCCACUAGUAUAAGAAACAACAAUGUGAAUCUCGAAAGAAUUAAUAAUAGCAAUAGUAGCGACGACGUCAAUGGUUAUGAAUCUGGUCAGCAGUCGCUUAAUGAGACUGCAAACUCCGUGCACUUGGACGGUAACACCGGAAUCAUCGAUAGCUUAAUGCGAAAACUGGGGCAGAGUAAUUGUCCCCCAAUACCACCAAAUUUAGACGGACCAAUCGAAGUGGAUGCUUCGUACGAAUCCUUAGCUUCGGUGGAACAAAGAUUGGCACCGAAACUGCAACCCGGCGGUCAGUAUAUUCCUCGCGAAUGUACCGCCCGAGAUCGAGUGGCAGUCAUCGUUCCCUACCGAGAUCGGGAACAACAUCUACCGGUAUUCCUCAAAAACAUUCAUCCUUUCUUGAUGAAGCAACAAGUGGAGUACGGAAUCUACAUCGUUGAACAGUCAGCCGGUUCUUCCUUCAACCGCGCAUCCCUAAUGAACAUCGGUUUUGUGGAAGCAAUGAAGCAGAAAAACUGGGACUGUAUGGUGUUCCACGACGUAGACUUACUGCCGCUGGAUGAUCGAAAUUUGUACACCUGUCCUGAUCAACCGCGCCACAUGUCCGUGGCGGUCGACACGUUCGGCUUUAAACUUCCCUAUAGCACAAUUUUCGGUGGCGUGUCGGCAAUGACCGUGAAGCAGUUUCGCACGGUGAACGGGUUUUCCAACUCAUUCUGGGGUUGGGGUGGCGAGGAUGACGAUAUGUCCAAUAGACUGAAACACGUCGGGUUUCAUAUUGCACGCUACCCAAUCAAUAUUGCACGCUACACCAUGCUGAGUCACAAGAAGGAGAAGGCCAACCCGAAAAGAUACGAAAAACUUGUAACUGGAGCGAAACGAUUCGACAGUGAUGGAUUGAACUCUCUCCACUACCGGCUGGUGAACUUAAUUCGUAAACCGCUGUUUACCUGGGUCCACGUCGAAAUAUCAGCAGAUAGCAGCUGAUGACAAUCGUUCCUACCGAAUUGGCUCGGAUGAAACGUGUCGAUGGGAACCGACACUCCGGUACUCUAUACGAUCCAAAGUCAUUGAGAGUCCAUACCGAGGUAGGUUUGCUAAUCGUUCCCAAUCUCACAUCGUUCCCCAAUAACAUCCACAACGCCUGAUGAGCGUUACUCGGGAGUCGUACAUGAUAUUCCCGAUAAAGUCGAAACAUACAAACAAUCCAGCUUUUUGUAGUUAUAAACACUACUCCUACUACAAUGCUACUACUGUAAAUUAGUCCUCUUCCGUCUUUUGGUUAGUUGAUCUUUCUCGUGUUAAGUUAAAAAUGCGUUGUGUUAAGAAAAAUCUGAAAGUGUGAAUGCUCCCCCAAUCGCGUUACUUAAUUUGUGAGAAUCGAAAGACACGGUCAAAAAUAUCGGUGUCAAUUAGUUUUUAACAAAGUCACUUCCGACAACCCUUCCUAGUUUUACAUAGGCAAAGCGAGAUUUUGUAUAAACUAAGAAGCUGUUCAGUUCUCGCGUGAAUCUUUUAAUACCAGAUUCUCAAAAUAGGCUAUUAGACCAGCAAGCGCGGGUGAAAUCAGCGAUAGACAGAAUACAAUGUCUGUAACCGUUUUUAGUUCAUAAAAUGGGGCACAACAUUUCGGUUCCGUCCUACCGGAUAAUUGACUGGGAGUAAACACUAGUGCGAAGUCAAUGGCGUGUUCAAGUCGCUAGGAAGAAGAAAAAAUGUUCUGCUCGUUUGGUUUCAAGAAAAAAAACACGUUUUAAACGCAGUAGAAUACAGUAAUCACAGUGAACAAAACAGAAAAUAAUCCCAAAAAAAUAGAGUGAAAUUCCACAUAAGCGCAAAGAAGUAAGUUAAUCUCAAAUCAAAUUUAAGUAACUUGAAAGUAUUAAACAAACAAAACAAAAAAUACAGAUAUAAUGCAAACAAGAACUCUAAGUUUAACUUAAGUCAAACGUGAUUGAUAUUUUUUCAUAGCAUGUAGAAUAUUUAUUAACGAUUCCAAGUGCAAGUCUCGAGUUCAGGAAGCGAUCAUAGAUCCGCUGACGCACACUCUCAUUAGGAUAUGAAAUUGAACAAAGUUGAAGUAGUUUUUAGGUGGUUUUUACACUGUAGUUGAAGGUGUCAAACUUUGAGUUUGCCUCUAUUUGGUUAACGGUGCUGCGAUACAUCAUUAGGAUAUGUACAGUGCUUGCCUAGCGAACACCGACUACAGCUAGCAACUUAUUAUGGCUUUUUGCCAACGGAAAGGCACGAUUUUAUCGAACAAUUCAUUUAACCCACAGAUAACCGACAUUUAGUCUGUUACUCGAAACUUGUGUAAGCACCCGCAAUCACCAUUUGGAAUGAUGCGAGCGACUAAAACUGCGAUGCUAUGCAGCCGCCAUUGUCAACCUACGUCUUGUAACCAAUUGCCACAGGAUUAAUUCUUCUUGUCAUCUUUAUGGUUGAAUUCGCUGCUAACUCUUGCGUUAUAUAUUUGUUUCGGCAGAGCACAGUUUGAGUUAUGUGCAAGCAUGGUGUUUUCUGAGCAUAAUAAGUGUUUCGUUCGGAAUCAGAACUGAGGCUUUUUGGUUACAUCAGAAAUCUUCAGAAAUCUAUCCGAUAAUAACGAUAGACUCAUUCAUCAGUAGAAUUAUGCGGUAAAAAUAAACACAAGUAUCGACAAGUACACUGCCGUAAUCCGCAUAACAGUCCCAUUUGCUAUGGGUUUCCUAUGCAGGUGGGACAGUUAUGCGUAUCACGGCAGUACAUUGCUAGUAUGUGUCUCCAUUUCUCUUAUCUAUAGUGGACAAGUAUAGACCGAUCACACAGGAGCGAUAUUGCGAAUUGUAUGGGGCAGUUGUAUACAUUUUAAACGAUAACAUACUCAAACACAUAAUUGCUGCAUCUUAAGCAGUUCGCACACGAGGUGAAAGGACACGCCACAAAAAAUAUUCGCUAUGGAUUUUGUUCUAACUAUUCAAACGCGGCAACAGCAACAGCGUGGGAAUAGGUAGAGUAAAAUGCAUAGUGAUUUUUUUUUUGGCACCUCAUGUGCUGCAUGUGUCUUGUCGUCUCGAACUGCUUUAAAGAAGCUAUAAGAAUUUGAAUGCAGGAAAUGUUCGUAGGGUUACGUGUGCUAUCAGACUCUCUAAACAUAAAUCUCUGUAGCCAGUAGUUGUAGGCUUGCCAGUUAAGAACUGGUAACCGACUUUAUUGCACAGUUUUACCAACGACAUUUCAACCCUAUAAGCAACAUGCUAAAGUAAAUGCAUCAGCAACACUCGAAAACCGUUCGCGAUUACGAGUGCCUCCCGAUCUUUUAUUAGAAAGCUUCUCUUCCAUAGUGCGACGUGGAUGUAUUGGAACAAUCGUCCCAUCCGCCUGUCCAUGCUGCUCUUCUCUGGAAUAAAUGUGAUUCCUGCUUCAGAACAAUUCUUGCUCGCAUAUUCGCAUCCUAUAGUGAUGGCACGAAACCUAGGACCUUGAUCAGUGCAUGAUAUGAAAAUGCCUAUUGGUAAAUUUCUUGUAUUUGACGAUCUGCUCCAGAGAAUGUGGUCCUGGCGGGCGAACGGCUUUAUUCAAAGAUCGUUCCUGCAAUGGGUCUCAUACCUCAAAUAUAUUCUGAUCAUACUGGAAUUCCUCGAUUUCCCUAACCAAAGCAUGCACAUGAAAGCUCUUUCACUCGGUGAGCUCACGUUUAUUCGCUUCUAAAUUAUAUCGUUUCCGUACUGGAUACAAAUAGCUAAGUUUUCCACAUUUUGAAUUAAACGUCAAACAAAGUAAUAACAGAAAAGUGACAAACAAUGACGAGAAGAUGCAGAUACGACGACUUUAAAAAGUCUUCCUCGAACAUUGUCGUACCAACUUAAGCAACGUCCAUAUGUAUCCUCAUUCAACUUAAAUGGAUUUCAUUCCGCGUACAAUUUUACAUAUUACUUCAUAUUCCACGUUCACUCUUUUAGUGGCUGUUACGAAGCGGUUUAGUUUUACCAGCUAAACGUACAAUUAAAACACUAAUGGAAAAGUGCCAUAUCAAGUAAGAAAAAUUGAUAAUAAGCAAAAAUAUCAUUUGCCAAUCGCAAGAUACUGUACUUUGUAGUGGAACAAAAAGGAAAACUUACAAAUAAAACAUUCUUUCUGCUAGAUAGGAAAGUUUUGAUCUGAACCAUUCGCCUCUAAGGAGCGUAAGCGAUAAUCUCGUUGGAAUUUGUUUUCCGAUAGCUUAUAGAAGAGAGACUUUUGACACUUGAUACCAACAUUCUAGGAAACGAAUUGAAUAAAAAGUCAGUUUUGUAAUCGUAAAA